AUGAUUCUGUUUGUUAAUUUUGACGCAAGAGUUUACGACGAUUUCGUCAUCAGAGGGAACAUUGGAGUUUUAAGAUGCAAUUUGCCAAGCCAUGUCAGAGAUUACGUUAAAGUUGCAUCUUGGAAACGUGACGACGGUUUGAUAAUUUUACAACAACGAAGUAAUGAAAACGACCGUUAUAUAGUUUAUCCUACUGGGGAGUUGCAUGUCAGAACGGUUGAUUACACCGAGAGCCAUUUCAUAUAUAAAUGUCAAGUGCGCAACACUUUAACCAGGCAGACAAAAGAAAGCAUUACCGGCGGGAGGCUUAUUAUAACGGAACCCCAAGCAAACGUUCCACCUCGACUAACACACGUGAUACGUCAUGCAACUUUCAACCAAGGUGAAACAGUCUUUAUUCCUUGCGUUGCGCAAGGACAUCCUGCUCCUGUAUACAGAUGGAGCCGCAGAACUUCUGGUCAGACACUUGACAUUUCCUCGAAUGACGAAAGGCGCCAUCAGAUAAACGGCACCCUCAUUCUGAGACAUGUCACUCCUCAAGAUGGAGGAUUUUACAUUUGCGUUGCGAAAAGCGAGGCUGGUGAAGUAAGAUCUGAAACUCAACUGACUGUCAAAGCUCCUAUCAAGGUGAAUAUGUGGCCUUUAACACAGCAAGUCAGCGCUGGUUCUACAGUUACCAUCAACUGCACAGUGACAGGACAUCCAAUAACCUCAGUUGAAUGGUUCAAAAACCAAAAAGCAUUACUUUUGUCACGCCGAAUUGUUUUAAUAAGCAGAACUGUCCUACACAUUACAACAGUUCAAAGAGAGGACAGAGGGAUGUACCAGUGCAUCGCACGCAACGAUGAAGACUCUGCUCAGGGCACUGCAGAACUCAGCAUAGCAGCUGAGCCUCCCAUACUCUUAAGCAAGUUUGAAGAACUUAUUGUGAAUCCGGGUGAAUCAAUUUCUCUUCGGUGUUCUGCAGCUGGCAACCCUCUACCUCAAAUUACUUGGUAUACUUAUGACUCACCGGUCCAAGACACCAGCAGAAUACGCGUAGGAGACUAUGUAAGCCGUGAAGGAAAUGUGAUAAGUUUCAUUAAUAUUUCUCGAAUUGAAGUGCCAGAUGGAGGGCAAUAUGAGUGCCGUGCUGUGAAUGAAUACGGAGUUGAUGCAUUUUCUUCAAUUGUCCACAUUCGUGGACCUCCUUCCAUUCGUCCCAUCAGAAACAUAACUGCAGUGGCCAGUGAAAUACUUAUUAUACAUUGCCCUAUAUCAGGCUAUCCGAUUCACUCUAUUCGAUGGAUGAAAGGCAACCGGCAACUUCCUUUGGGAAGACGCCAGAAGGUGUUCACUAAUGGAACUCUGCUCAUCCAAGGGUUAGACGGUGUCGAAGACGAAGGCAAAUACCGCUGCCAGGUAGAAAGUGAUGAAGGUAUCAAGGCUUCCGUUGACGUCUAUCUCAAAGUUCUUGUUCCACCUGGAAUAACUCCAUUCAGCUUUCCCAAAAACCCACAAGAAGGUAUGAGGGCGAGUGUGUCUUGCAGCGUACCAACAGGAGACCCUCCCAUUCGAAUAUCAUGGUUAAAAGAUGGAAUACCUUUAUCUCUGGAGACUGGAAUAUCGCUGGAAAUGAUCGAUGACUUUGUGUCCACACUAAUCUUCAAGUCCUUGCGUCAAGAACACAGUGGGACGUUUACGUGCGUCGCUUACAACGACGCUGCCACAGUCAAUUACUCCGUGCCACUCUCUGUCAGCGCUCCACCAAGAUGGAAAAUUGAGCCGAACGACCAAUUUGUGCCUAUCGGCGGCCUGGUCAUAUUAGACUGUACAGCUGAUGGAAGACCUGAACCGAGAGUAAUUUGGAAGAAAAACGAAGAGGAGAGCAGUGAUUACCGCACGGUGAUUAGUGGCUCCCAUGUGCAAACUUUGGUGAAUGGUUCGCUGGUCAUCCGAGAUGUUGAGCAAGAAGAUGAUGGUCGUUACAUGUGCGAAGCAAGCAAUGGUGUUGGAUCACCGUUAAGUACAGUAGUGAAAUUGACAGUCCAUGGUAAUUUUAAGCAAAAAUUUGUUGCUCAGACUGUCAGAUCUGGUGGAUCUGUAUCCCUCAAAUGCGAGGCUUUUGGAAAACCAAUGACUUACACAUGGCUGAAGGACAGACAACCCUCGGAGGAAUCAGUCACCAAGUUCAAAAAGUGUAAGGAAGUGGUUCAGCGGACAGUUAUUGCUAACGAUGAUGGAGCAAAAUGGGAAGAAAAAGAUGUUCAAGCAACAAAUUAUAUUUAUGGCGCUAUCACAAAUAAGCAAUUGGAAUACAUCCAUGAAUGCGAUUCUGCGUUUGAAAUUAUCGCCAAAUAUGACACAAUGUAUUUGAAAACUUUCACUUCUUUGCAAAUUGUACGUAGAAAUAAUUUAGAAAAUGUGAAGUUAAAGAAUUACCCAGAUUUAAGUUUAUUUUUCGAUGACUUUGAAAAGUGUGUGAACGACCUUAAACAAGCCGGUGCUACCGUAACGGAACAAGAGAAAUUGAAUUAUAUGCUAAGAGCAUUACCAUCAAACUACAGCCAUAUUGGCGAUUUAACCGACGUUUUACCGGAAAAGGAUAGAACAGCUGAAUAUUUGAAAAGAAAAAUUAAAGCGAAAUCGCUCGAGGAGAAAAAUGAUUGUGACGAACGUGCGCCAAUGGAAAGAUCAAAUGCUUUUAAAAUUGAAACAAAGAAAUCGGGCCCACGAGGAAAUAUUUGUUACAAUUGUGGAAAAGCUGGACAUAUUAAAAAGAACUGUUGGUAUGGCAACAGCAAAAUGAAUUAUCAUGGCAGGGGUUACAAAAAUUAUAGUGGACGAAGCCUUGCAAAUAAUCAGGAACGAAGUCAAAGUUUUGGUAAUCAUCGCGCACGUGGAGCGAACUUUAACCACAGUGUAAAUAAUAAUCAGUUAGAAGAAAGUUUCCAUUCUACAAUAAUUGAAAGCAACAUGUCAAGCUCUGAUGAAAGUAUUAUGACAAAGAGAAAUGAAAUUAACUGGUUGCUGGACAGUGCGUGUACCGAUCAUAUAAUAAAUAGUGAUGAAUAUUUUGAAGAGCAAGUAACAUUGAAGGACCCAAUUAAAGUAAAAGUUGGAGACGGAAGGUUGUUAGAAGCGACAAAGGUUGGAAAUAUUAAAGUCUCUUUUCCCGUUUUUGACAAUGAAUCGAAAGAUAAUAGAAGAAGAGCUGAAGAUAUAUUAGAGAUUGUACACACUGAUGUAAAUGGACCUCACAGAACUACUGGAUGCAAUGGGGAAAAAUACUUCGUUACUUUUAUCGAUGAUUAUAGCAGAUUGGCAAAAGUUUGGUGUAUUAAGUCGAAGGAUCAAGUCUUUGAUUGUUUUACGGAAUAUGUAAAUGAAGUUCAAAAUUUAACUGGAAAGAUAAUAAAAGAGUUGAGGUGCAAUAAUGAAAAAGGAAUACAGAUAAAGCCAUGUCCACCAUAUGUACACGAAUUGAACGGCACAGCCGAAAGAUAUAACAGAACAAUAAUGAAUAUGGCUAGAUGUCUCCUAGCAGAAGCAAAAGUUGAUCGGCGUUAUUGGCCUGAAGUAGUUGAAACAGCUGUUUAUCUGAAAAACAGGACAUUGACAAAUACUGAUAAAAAGGCUGUAUUUGGAAUUUUGCUUGGAUAUACGGAAGUUGGAUACAGAGUUUUGGUCAAUAAUAGAAUAAUAGUUGCCAGGCAUGUUGACAUUUUUGAAGAAGAUAUUAUGUGUGUAAAUUGUGGUGAUGAAGACAACAGUCAUGAUACAAAUGAUAGGACACUAUCUGAAGAAGUGUCAAAUGGGCAAAGUAAUAAAAAGAGUUUCAAAGACAAUGCAAAAAAUGAUGAUGAAAUUAAAAGUCAAACGAGACCGAAAAGGCAAGUCAAACCACCCGUUCGAUUCGAUGAAGAAUUCGGAUAUUAUUGUGUUUAUGUGAAUUUUUGUGAUGCUACAAUUCCAGUUAACUUCGAGGAGGCGAUAAAAUGCAAUGAGGCUAUUCAACGGAAAGAGGCAAAGGUCAUAGAUAUGAACAUUCUUGUCAAAAAUAAUUCUUGGACACUAGAACAUUACUUUAAUCCUAAUUUCUUUGCAGCUCCCCUUUCUGCUUCUGAACACAACUUUAUUUCCCGAAAUGCUACAACGUUUCUUUUGCGGCUGAAUACUUGGAAAAGUGGAGGAUGUCCUAUAAUGUUCUUUGCAGUUCAAUACAAGCAACAAAGGCAGUUGGAUUGGACAGUUUUAUCAUCUCGCAUUGAACCAGAUGAAGAAUUUGUGAAAAUUACUGAUCUAUCCCCAAGUACAUGGUACAAAAUUUUAGUAACAGCUCACAACAGUGUCGGACCCACUGAAGUUGAAUAUGCGACCUCAACAUUAACACUGACGGGAGGAACUAUUGAACCUGAAAUUGUCGGCGAAAAGGAACAACUUCGAAAAUAUAAGAGCUUAUCUAUUAUUGUUCCCGUUAGCUGUGCUGUUAUUGUUCUCAUCGCUGUGUCGUUGGCUGUAUUUUUCCUUGUUUGUAAGAAAAGAAGCACAAGAAUGACGAAUCAAUACGAAGGUGUACGAAUAAACGAAGAUGGUAAAAGCGAUGCCUUGGCCAUGACUGAUUUAGAAAAGACGUAUGAUCAAAACCGUGAAUCUGUUUAUUUCCCUGCACCCUAUGCAACGAGCAGAGUUCCAGGUUUGCACCGGGAUGAUGUUGGGAUGACAAGAGAUGGAUGCAGAAGUCUACACCAUCACAGUAACAGACAAAAUGAACACUUAUAUGAUAUGCCUCAACAAAUGAGAUGCGAUGAUAUUCGCAGGCAUAGCUACAUGUCCUCUCUUCAAGACGGGUCAUUAGAAAUAAGUGAUUACGAAACGGGCAAAUCUCUACAUUUGCAGAGCAUAACGGAAGAAGGUUUGACGUGCGACAUGGGAGGAUUCAUAGUUCACGAAAAGCUAUCAAUGGGUAGCAUGUGGACACCAAAUCAUAGAUGGAGAGCAGGUGAAAUAUUAUCUCACGAUGAAACUUACAGCCCUUUACACGUACAUGCUCAGACGUUUGUCACUGACGGACAAGAACUGUCAGACGCUGAGUGUGACAGAGACCUCCGACAUAUGACUGAAAACGGUAUAAAAGUCCGAAAUGUUCUCCAAGUCAACACUCGAAACUUAUGUCUAGCCAAGUAAUAGAUGAAAAAAAUAUAAAUAAAACAUUUAUAAAAGAUGAUACAUACAAGCUGAGCUUUUGUAACCUUUUAAUGUUUAAAUGACUUUAAUAUUUUGGUUUCAUUUUGAAAGAUUUUAUAAAUGCAUGCCUUCAGCUCAGAAUAUUUACAAGAAUAUGUUCAGAUAUGAAUUAUCGAUAGUAAUAAUUUUGUUGAAACUGCUUCACUGAAAUUGUAGAGUGCAUACCUCCAGUCAGUCUAUAGGUGUCAUAAGCUCAAAUACAUGUUUUCACAAAGAUAUUUUAAACUGUUAACCGAUAUUUCUUUUUGGACUAUUGAGCUUCAACACCACCUUUUGUAACAUUAAUUUUGAGUAAUUUUAAUAAAUUUCAUUUUAAAUAAUUUUUAAUAUUAUUUAAUAUUAUUUUCUUAGAAACGUUAUUACGUUUAAAAACAUGAAGUUGAUAUAGUUCAAGUGUUUAUAAAUUUAUAAUCAUGUAACUUUUUUGAUUCAUUUAUGCUCUUUAUCCGGUUUAAAAUAAUGCUUAAAUUUGGAUUUUCAUAAAAGGUAUUUACUAUGUAACUGUAAAAUGGACCUUCCAUAGUACAUUAAUAACGUCAAAACUUAUUAUUUAAGAAACAUUUAUUUCCUGAAAAAAAUGUCUUGGAUUGUAAAUAGUACAUGAAUGUAAAUAGUGUUUUAUGAAUAAGAAUUUUGAACCUGUAAGAAGAG